AUGGAGGGCAUGGAUAUGGACCACAGCGAGAGCAGCUGCAAAAUCUCCAUGCUGUUCAAUUUCCACACCAUCGAUGCUUGUUUUCUGUCCACAGGAUGGCAGAUCAAGAACAAUGGCAUGUUUGCCGCGACCUGCAUUGGUACCAUCUUACUCGUGGUGCUGGUUGAGUUCUGUCGACGCCUUGGACGCGAAUACGACAACUUCCUGACCCGCCAGUUCCAGCGCCAAGCCGCGCACUGCACCUUCGCCAAGAAUUGGGAAUCGGCUCGGACGGCCGUGACCUUUCGCGCGACGCCAUUGCAGCAAUUGACGAGGUCUGUGAUCCAUGCGGUGACCUUUGCGGGCGCUUAUAUCACGAUGCUGUUGGCCAUGUACUUCAAUGUCUAUGUGAUUAUCUGCAUCUUCAUCGGGGCGGGUCUGGGCAAGUUCUUGUGUGAUUGGAUGGUCGUCACUGUGGGAAUCGAUGACGUACCGGAGGAUAUUCGCAAAUUGGAGGAGACAACGAUAUGUUGUGAUUGA